AUGAAAUUAGAUACAUCUCACAUGAGGUAUUUGACCUCCGAUGAUUUCAAAGUAUUACAGGGAGUGGAAUUAGGAUCGAGAAACCAUGAGUUAGUUCCAACACCAAUGAUACAUUCUUUAUCCGGCUUAAAAUCAUCAUCUGGAACUCAAAGAGCGAUCGGAGAUUUAGCUAAAUUAAAAUUAGUUUCAAGACUACGAAAUGCAAAAUAUGAUGGAUUCAGAUUGACUUAUAAUGGGUACGAUUAUUUAGCUUUGAAAUCAAUGUUGAAUAGAGACACUUUGUACUCUGUAGGAUCAACAAUUGGAGUAGGUAAAGAGUCGGAUAUUUUUUCAAUAAGUGAUCCUCAGGGUACGCAAAAAGUAUUGAAAAUUCAUAGAUUAGGUAGAACUUCAUUUAAAACUGUUAAAAACAAUAGAGAUUAUUUGAAAAAUAAGUCAACUUCGAAUUGGAUGUAUUUAUCAAGAUUGGCAGCUGCAAAGGAAUAUCAAUUUAUGACCAUAUUAUAUGAUAACGGAUUCAAAGUACCGCGACCUUUUGAUUAUUCAAGACAUUGCGUAAUGAUGGAAUGGAUUAAAGGAAUACCGAUGAAACACCUCAAUUCUUCUAACUUAGGAAAUAUGGAUUAUAAGAAAUUAUAUUCGGAAUUGAUGAAUUUUAUUGUAAAGUUAGCUAGAUACGGUUUAAUACAUUGUGAUUUUAAUGAGUUUAAUAUUUUAAUCAAAUAUCCGAUAGACAAAGGUGAAUUUGUUGUAAUAGAUUUCCCACAAUGUGUUUCAAUUGAGCACAUAGAUGCAAAACAAUAUUUUGAUAGAGAUGUUACGGGAAUUCGAGACUUUUUCAAAAAGAAAUUCAAAUAUGAUCCUCAACAUGAUCCGACUAUGUAUGAUACUGAUGGUUAUGGAGAUGGUUAUAGAUAUGCUUACCCAAACUUUAAAAGAGAUAUAAUUAGAGAAAAGCUGUUGGAUGUUGAGGUGCAAGCUUCUGGGUAUGCUAAAAAAAAUACAGGUAAUCGAGAAGAGAAAGACUUGGAGAAAGCUGUAUUGGGGAUGAGAAUAGUGACUGAUGACAAUGAUGAUUUGUCUGAAGUAGAAGAUGAAGAUGAUGAGGAAAUGGAAGAUGAAGAUGAAGAUGAUGAUGAGGAUGUCUACGAAGAUGACCAAGCCGAAGAGUUAAAUAAAAAGGAAGGACCCAAUUUGGAGGAAGAAAAUGAAAAAAUUAUUGCAGCUAUAUCAGCUGGUGAUAAGAGCUUAAAAAUGGACAAGUUGGGUAAUUAUAUACUUGACGAAUAA